AAAACAUUAUCCUAGUACUAGUAGUCUAGUACUCCUCUCAAUUCUCAUCUCAUGUGGCUUUUCUUCGAAGUUCCCAUUCUUACACGUCAACUAUUACCUGGGAAUCACAAGAUGCAUUAUUUGUGUUUUUAACUGUUCCACCUGUACCUCGUGCUCGUUAAACUUUUUUUUUUUUUUUAUUUCCAGCAAAAAGGAGAAACACAAGGAUAAAAGAUUGAGAAAAAACAAUAAUAUUUUUUUUCAAUUUAAGUAGCUAAAGCAUUAGUAAAGACUGAAAAUUUGAAACCCUAAACUCUUCUCAUCUCAUCACACUCUCCAAGAAUCCUCUUUUGUGCAAAAAAAAAGUGUGCUCAAUUUGGAGAAUCUUCCAUUUCAUUACAGAGAUCGAUUUUUUUGUGAUUUGUUGAGGUUAGCUAUGAAUUGAGAGAUACCCAGAUUUGUAAUUAGCUUUUAUAUUGAGAUUUUGAUUUUAGGGUAAGUGAUAAUGGGUGUAAAUUGUGAGUUUAAAGAGGAGGAUAAAGCUAUGCUGGAAUCUGUUGUGGGAGUUGAAGCAUGUAAACUUUUGAUUUCUAGAGGUUGUGAAGGUUUUCUUAGUGAUUUUAAGCCUACAAAUAGUAUGCUGAAUCUUCAGCAAGGACUUUGCCAAAUUAUUGAUAGUUCUAAUUGGAAUUAUGCAAUUUUGUGGCAAAUUGUUAGCUCUAAGAAGGAUGGAAGGUCAGUGUUGAUUUGGGGUGAUGGGCAUUGCCGACACCCGAAUGCGGUUGUAGCUGGGGAGAGAGGAGAUGGUGGGGAGGAUAAAUUGGUUGAAGGUAAUGGAGAGAUAAGUAAGAAAGAUGAGGCAAAGAAGAGGGUUCUUGAGAAGCUGCAUGCUUGUUUUGGUGGAUCAGAGGGGGGUAAUUUUGCUGCAACUUUGGAUAAAGUUUCAGAUAUAGAGAUGUUAUACCUAACAUCAAUGUAUUAUUGGUUCUGGUUAGACUCUGCUAUGGGUCCUGCCAAAUGUUUUACUAGCGGUAGACCGAUUUGGGUAUCGGAUGGUGAAGCGUGCUCGGAUUACUACCAAUCUCGAGCUCAUUUAGCUAGAUCAGCUAAUUUUCGGACGGUUGUGUUUGUGCCUGUGCAAACUGGAGUAUUAGAGCUAGGUUCUAUUAGAAUGGUUUUGGAAGAGCCUAAUUUGGUACAAAUGGUGAAGCAUAUUUUUGGUGAACCUCGAUCGUUACAGGCUAAAGCGUUUCCGAAAAUCUUUGGGUGUGAGCUUAGCCUUAGUGGGUCGAAACCACAAUCGACCAACUUAAAUUUUACCCCAAAGUUGGAAGAUGAUGCUGCAUUUUCAGCAGAGUCCCAUGUUGGUGGAAGUAAUGUGGGUGGUAAGCACACUUUUGGGUCAUCUUCUAAUGGGUGUUGUAGUGAUGACAGUGGUAAAAAGUUGGUUUCAGAGAUCAAUUUUGGGGGUUUGAAUCCUGAAACCCAAAAUCCUGGUUUAGGGCAAGCUAAAGAAGAACUUAUAUUGCAGGCAAGUCAACCUAAACCGAGAAAGAGAGGUAGAAAACCGGCUAAUGGAAGAGAAGAACCAUUGAACCAUGUUGAAGCCGAAAGACAGAGACGUGAGAAGCUUAAUCAACGUUUCUAUGCAUUAAGAGCUGUUGUCCCCAACAUAUCUAAGAUGGACAAGGCUUCGCUCCUUGGUGAUGCUAUUUCUUAUAUUACUGAUCUUCAAAUGAAGGUUAAGAUGCUUGAAGCUGAAAAAGAGAUGGCGAAUCCAAAUCAUAAGCACAUGGCUAUCCCUGAGAUUGAUUUUCAGGCUAGGCAAGAUGAUGCACUCUUACAUGUCAGUUUCCCUUUGGAUCUUCAUCCUGCUUCAACGGUUGUUCGGACACUCAGGGAAAACCAAGUUAUGGCUCCUGAAGCCAAUGUGUCGACAACAGAUAACAAGAUUAUUCACACAUUCACCAUACGAACCCAAAAUGGUGGUGCUGAGAAUCUAAAGGAGAAACUACAGGCCGCGCUUUCCAUUUGAUAGGACAGCCCGGUCUGUAAAGCUUCAUGUGGAAGAUCGAUCAUUGUUGCAUGAUCCUGAAGCAGGAAUGAGUAAAAAACUUUUCCUUUUAGAAGUUUAAGUCAUCUUCCACAUAUGUGUUCUAUGUUGAAUCUAGUGUUAGUAAUCAAUUCUGUUUAUAUAUUCAAGUUUUCAUGUA